AAUAAUGUGGCUGGUUCAAUCUUCUGGAAAGGCAGUAAUGGUCGCAUGUCUAACUAGAUACAUUUGACUAUUUGAUAGCUCUCGUAGAUUGAUUUCUCAUUUUAAUAUUUGCAGCUGUUUCUUUUUUCUUUUGUUUUUUAAAAAUCAUAUAUUUAUAAGUAGUUAAUUCUGACAUUUGGUAUAUAAAUUCAGUGAGACAGCAGGCCAAUGAGAGUUCUCUAAACUUAAUAAAGUUGUAAAUUUUAUUUUCGGAAAAUGCAAAAGUUUUCUCCAAAUGUUGCCCGUAAGUAAGCCACUCAAAUUUAGAUACUAGCUAGUUGCCCCAGUUUGACCUAUUUGAAAUACAACCUACCUGGAAAUACAACUGCUCAUAAAAGAAGAAAUGUCAAAGUUUCCAAAUAUAAAACUCAUAUCAUAUCAUGCAGCUGCUGUUAGAUCAGAUGUAAAUAACGUUCAACGAGCAAUUAAUAAUCCUAUAACCGUCUCGCUUGAUUCUGUUCCUGGGCUCUUGGUUGUGACAAGCAAAUGGCUGAUAGGCACCGUCACCAGUACCAGUAUGGGGGCUUUCAAAGCCCGGCUCUGCAUCAAGGCCAGUUUGCAUAUAGUAAGUACUGCAAUCCAGGAUUGCAGUGUCCUACAACUAGGACAUGCCAAGCUUCCCCUGAUCUUUCAGUGCUUGUUCAAGCCCCAUCAGAGAAAGGGCUAGCAGGAUUUGCUGUAGAUUUUGUUAUGGGUGGAGUUUCCGCAACUGUGUCCAAAACUGCUGCAGCGCCGAUUGAGCGUGUGAAGCUCUUGAUUCAAAACCAAAACGAAAUGAUUAAAGCUGGUAGACUUUCUGAACCCUAUAAAGGAAUUGGAGAUUGUUUCAGCCGAACAGUCAAAGAUGAGGGUUUUCUUUCAUUAUGGAGAGGCAACACGACAAAUAUCAUCCGUUACUUGCCCACUCAGGCAUUUAACUUCGCAUUCAAAGAUUACUUUAAAAGGCUUUUCAACUUUAAGAAGGAUAGAGAUGGCUACUGGAAGUGGUUUGCUGGUAACUUGGCAUCAGGUGGUGCUGCUGGUGCCUCUUCUCUGCUCCUGACCUAUCCUUUGGAUUAUGCAAGAACUCGUCUCGCAAAUGACGGCAAAGCUGUAAAGAAGGGAGGGGAGAGGCAAUUCAAUGGUUUGAUUGAUGUCUACAGGAAGACUGUGCAAUCAGAUGGUGUUGCUGGGCUUUACCGUGGAUUUAACAUUUCAUGUGUUGGCAUCAUUAUAUACCGUGGUCUUUAUUUUGGAAUGUAUGAUUCUCUGAAGCCAGUAGUCCUGACAGGCAAGCUCCAGGAUAAUUUCAUGGCUAGCUUUGCCCUUGGUUGGGUAGUGACAAAUGGUGCUUCUCUUGCUUCCUACCCAAUUGACACCGUUCGCAGAAGAAUGAUGAUGACAUCAGGUGAAGCUGUUAAGUACAAGAACUCAAUGGAUGCAUUAUCUCAGAUCCUGAAGAACGAAGGGGCUAAAUCACUGUUCAGGGGUGGUGGUGCAAACAUCCUCCGUGCAGUUGCUGGUGCUGGUGUUCUUUCUGGGUAUGACAAGCUUCAGGUUCUUGUGUUAGGAAAGGCUUAUGGUUCUGGUGGGGCCUAAAGGCUUAACUUCUGUCAAUCUUUUCCAGUUUAUGUAGCUAUAGAUGAUGAUGAAAAUCUUGCUGUUCGGAUUUUUUAGAAUUUAUUUGGUGUGAUUCUUUACUCAAUAAAACAAAAAUCAUUAUGCAGUGAA